AUGAACAACAACUCCAGCACCCUUCUCCUUCAGCUCAAGAGUGCUACAGCUACCAGCUUCUCUCUCCCUCUCCCUUCCAGCUCUCACAUUUUGCCUCUCCCUCCUCUGCUGUUCUUGGCUCUCCUUCCCUGCGUGUUCAUCGCCCCCGUCCUCCCUCGACUCAUCCGCCACAUCUUCUUCUCACCUCUCUCCCUCCUCCCCGGCCCCUUCCUAGCAAAACACGGCCCCCUCUUCCCCGUCCUCCUCCUCCGUCUCCGCCUUGCCCAAUCCAUCGCCGCCCUGCACCGCCAGUACGGAGCAGGUAGCGCAGUCGUCAUCGCCCCGAACAUCGUCAGCCUCUCCGCGCCGGAGGAUAUAAGGCGCAUAUACGGCAGUCACGCGUUUCGCAAGGAUGCGAGACUGGGCAAAGUGACCUUCGGAGGGGUAGGCAACGUCUUCUCAGAACUGAACCCAGUAGCCCACACCCGCCUGUUGAAACUCACCUCCCCCUCCUUCCGCCCUCUCGCCCUCCUCUCAACCCAACCCUCCCUCCAUCGUCCACUCGCCUCUCUCUGCCUCCGGCUAGAAAAAGACACCCUUCUCCAUGGCAGCGCCAACAUCCACCAGCUCUAUCGACUCCUGAGCUUCGACAUGCUCUCCUCCGCGCUGUUUGGGCAUGACCUUGGCUGCCUUGAGCAAGGGGGGCACCCGGUCGUAGAAGAUUUGGACGCGUUCAUGCUGCAGACUGCUUUGAGAACCGUCUUGCCAGCGUGGGUGUGUGCGGUGCUUUGCUGGUUGCCAGGAGUCGGGUGGACGAUGCGCGCUGAUGAACGAUUGGCGGAGUACGGCCUCGCAGCCCUAGAAGCGCAUCGUGUCCUCUACCCUGCCCCAUCAAGCUCAGAAACGGGGGACAUGCUCACCCCCCUCCGGCGCUCGCUCGACUCCUCCGGCCAGGCCCUCUCAGACCGUGCCAUAGCCGGAAACUUGGCAACAUAUAUCCUAGCAGGGGCGGAUACGACCCCUUCAGCACUGACGUUUAUCACUUGGGAACUUGCGCGCAGGCCGGAUAUAUAUGCUAAGCUGAGGGAGGUGCUGGAACGGACGGUGAGGGAGGGAGGGAUGACCGAAGGAGAAGAAUGGACUUACGAGCGCUUAAAGGAGUGUACCUACCUCGCGGCCGUGGUCAAAGAGGGGUUACGCUGUUAUCCCCCUACUGUCAUGCCUAUGACAAGGGUCGUCCCACCCGAGGGCUUCCGGCUUUCUGCCCAGCCUGGGGAGAAGUCAGGGCAGGUGGCAUUGGAGCCGGGGACGUUGGUUUGUGCUAGUGCUUGGACGGGACAUUAUGAUCCGCUUGUGUUCGACCAGCCGGGAAGGUUCGAUCCGGGACGGUGGUUGGUGCGUGACCGACCCGCUGAUGGGCUGGGAGAGGAAGAAUGGAAGGAAAGUGAGAAGAAACGUCUUGAGAGGAUGGAAGAGUGCUGGAUGCCGUUUGGUGUAGGGGUGAGGAAGUGCCAGGGAAGACUGUUAGCGGAAAUAGAACUCUACCUGACGAUCGCUACUGUUGUUUCUCGCUUUUCUCUUUCGCUGCAUCCGUCGACGACGGAGGAGAGCAUGCGGCCUGUGGAACUGGUUACUCUUGGACCCAAGGGGGGGAGAUGUGAGAUCGUUUUUGAACGGAGGGGGAUGGACUUGGGCCUGCAACGCUGAAGCUUGGUCUGAUGAUUGGAAGGAUGGACAUUGGCUUUGUAGCUGGCCGGAAGGAUGGAAC